CCGCCCUCGGCGCCCCGCGGCGCCCCCCGGUCCCGCCCGCCAUGCCCGGCCCGGCCGCGGGCAGUCGGGCCCGGGUCUACGCCGAGGUGAACAGCCUGAGGAGCCGCGAGUACUGGGACUACGAAGCCCACGUCCCGAGCUGGGGUAAUCAAGAUGAUUACCAACUCGUUCGAAAACUUGGUCGGGGCAAGUAUAGUGAAGUAUUUGAGGCCAUUAACAUCACCAACAAUGAGAGGGUGGUUGUAAAAAUUCUCAAGCCAGUGAAGAAAAAGAAGAUAAAACGAGAGGUUAAGAUUCUGGAGAACCUUCGUGGUGGAACAAAUAUCAUUAAGCUGAUUGACACUGUAAAGGACCCUGUGUCAAAGACACCAGCUUUGGUAUUUGAAUAUAUCAAUAAUACAGAUUUUAAGCAACUCUACCAGAUCCUGACUGACUUUGAUAUCCGGUUUUAUAUGUAUGAACUACUUAAAGCUCUGGAUUACUGCCACAGCAAGGGAAUCAUGCACAGGGAUGUGAAACCUCACAAUGUCAUGAUAGAUCACCAACAAAAAAAGCUCCGACUGAUUGAUUGGGGUCUGGCGGAGUUUUAUCACCCUGCUCAGGAGUACAAUGUUCGAGUGGCCUCGAGGUACUUCAAGGGACCAGAGCUCCUUGUGGACUAUCAGAUGUAUGAUUACAGCUUGGAUAUGUGGAGCUUGGGUUGUAUGUUGGCAAGCAUGAUCUUCCGAAAGGAGCCAUUUUUCCAUGGGCAGGACAACUAUGACCAGCUUGUUCGAAUUGCCAAGGUUCUGGGGACAGAUGAGCUGUAUGGGUAUCUGAAGAAGUACCACAUAGACCUAGAUCCACACUUCAAUGAUAUCCUGGGACAACAUUCACGGAAGCGCUGGGAAAACUUUAUCCAUAGUGAGAACAGACACCUUAUCAGCCCUGAGGCCCUAGAUCUUCUUGACAAGCUCCUGCGGUAUGACCAUCAACAGAGAUUGACUGCCAAAGAGGCCAUGGAGCACCCAUACUUCUACCCAGUAGUGAAGGAGCAGUCCCAGCCUUGUGCAGAGAACGCCGUGCUUUCCAGUGGUCUCACCGCAGCACGAUGAAGCCUGGGGAAUCGACGGUAAUGCGGCACUGAUGCUUGCCAAUAAAACCAACCAAACAAACAAAAACUUGAAGGAAACUACAAUGUGAUAAAAAGAAAUUCUAAUCAUUCCUUCUAAAGGCAAAGAAGAGUAAAAGACCUAAAGUCUGUAAAAGCAAGAAACUCCCCAGUACUAGUCUGCAGGGAGCCGCACUGUGCAGUGUGGCAGAGCGCAUAGUUCAGGAUUGAGGGGACUCUCCCUUUGGAAUGCAUGGGAGAUGAGAAGCUUGGAGUUGUUGUACACGCACCUGCGUUUAACAGGAUACCACUGUUGAAUUAACCUGUCGGUCAACAAGCUCUGAAUAUCUGACUUCCUAUCUAUUCCAUUGUGGUCUGGUUUUCUUCUGUGAGAAUUCAGGCUCAAGUUUUAGCAAAAGUCAGCAGUCUAUUCUGACACACCAGCCUCAUUUACAAAAAAGAAAAAAAAAAGGAUUAAAACAGUGACAGUAUUUUUUUUAAGCUCUUUUACAAAUUCAUGUGUUAUGUAUUUUUUUAUGACAUGAGCUCUCCAGGAAAUGUACCUCAUUCCUGCAGUUUUCUUCUAAGUGUAUUCAUUUGGAGGCAAGCUACAGUCACUCACCAUGUCCUCUUUGGUGUCAGAAGAUGGCACUGUAAAUCUUGAGAUGCCAUGAACAGGUCCCAGUCUCAUUAGAAGUUCUAUGCUGUGUGCAUAACUUGGGGCUCACCUUUAUUGAUUUGCCUAACUAUUGAAUCUUGUUGCCUUUUUUCUUUUUAGCUUUUUUAUUCCUGGCCUUGUAAGAAAAACCUCACCAUUUCUCAGCACAUCUUUUUGUGGGCGCCUACUUUAAUGCACCACUCUAAAACAAAGACUAUUUUUGUUCACAACCAUAACUACAGCUGGAAAGCUGGUCUUCAGGCAGGUCAAAGAGGAGGGCAAUGUUCUGUUAGGAGUUAUUCAGGGAAGAUCUGACAGAUACAAAGGCAUACCACUCAUCUUCCCUCUUUUUAACCCUGUGACAAACAGGUCUGGCUGCAAUCAGGGUGAUGGGCAUUUGCAGCUCUGAUAGGUCAUGCAUAAAUGUGAUGACAAAGAAGUCUCUGGCAUGCAGGUGCUGGCCCAUGGGCAAGGUUGUCCUGUGACUCCUGCACUGGCUAGAGAAGGAUGGCCGGGGCUUGGAGGAAGUGGGGCUCCUGGAGCAAGUGUCAAAGCUUUAUAGAUCCACUGUGCUAACCUUCCUGUUAGCAAAAGGCUAGAUUUUGUUUUGCUUUUUUUUUUUUUUUUAAUAGGGCUGAUUUUAUUUGGGAGAUUGGUCUCUGACAUGGUUUGCCAACUAGUCCCCUCUCCUUGGCUACAAAGCCAUGCCUCAGCUCUGGGGACCUAACAUGCUUGAGGUAUCUACCACAUCACACGUAGGGUUUCUUUAUUAACUAUUUAAUAAUGCCAUACAUUUUUUAUAAGGUUAGAUUGUUUGUUUGAAACAUCUGUUUACAUUCCAUAUUCCAAUAAACUUGUAUUGGUAUUGAUAGCAGGUCCAUUUCUAAAUGCAGAUUCUAUUUUGUCAUUUGGUCUAUGGGAACUUAAAAGGCAAAUGUAACUCUUCUCUUGAUAGUAUGGAGUUGAGUUCAUAGAUUAAAAAAUAAGAUCUUGCGCCAGUGACAUGCAGGUAAAGGCAUUUCCUGCCAAGACUGGUGACCUGAGUUCAGUCCCCAAAACCUACGUGGAAGAGGGAGAAUGUACACCCAUGAUUUGUCCUCUUCCCACACCUGCGCUGUGGCAUGUAAACACACACACACAAUAAAUAAAGUUUUAAAAAUCCUCUUUAAGAUC